AUGGCUUUCUUCGGUGUCAGUACAAAUCUCAUUAACUGCGGCACUCCUAGCGCCAGUCAGAAGUCUGAAAGCAGCGAUAUGUCGCCCUAUCAAGCCGUCUUGAUAGCUAGAGAGGCGCGCAUGCGGGGAAUAACAGCAGCACAGCAGACAUUUGCUCGUCUUCAAUUUGAAUAUGGACAGGCAUAUGCUGCUUAUCAACAAUUGCAGGCUAAUGUCGCUGCGAAGGCAGAAGCAGUGGAGGCAUACUUUAACGGAGAGGAAGCUGCUGUUCGUUCUGUUUGUGAGAAAGCAGCACAAGCAAAGUUAAUUCAAAUGCAAGAAGGGGGUUCAGAUUAUACACAUCCAAAGUAUAAAGCUCUUGUUGCAGGUUUGAGUGCGGAUAGAGUCAAGGCUAUCGACGACGUGUUGCUGCCUUAUUAUACUUUUGCACAAGAGUUAGAGAAUGCUGAAAAUGCGCUCUGGGCAAAACAUGCAUCUCUUCAAGCAGCUCAAGUAUAA